UAAUUUAGUCUUUGGCGGCAACUCAAUGGUUAGACACAAACUACGUAGCGACCCACGGCAACUUUUUUCUUCUUCUGUUUGUUGAAUAUUAGAGGGAUAGAUUUUUUUCUUCUUUGGUUUUUCAUGUGUGGCUGAGCCGUUCACUUUUCCGUGUCAUUGUUCUAAAGUUUGUGUGACAAUCCAACGAAUCCGUUAUGUAUUCAAUUGUGAAUUGCAUCGAGAAUAAAUCGUUUGAAAAAAUCUAAAGGAAUCCGUAUAAUCUGCAUUCUAAAAUACCGGUCAUAAUCUAUCGAGAGAAUUCCAUUGAAAACAAGUGAUAUUGGUUGAAAUUUUCUUAAAGCGAAAUAAAAAACGUUGCCUGAAAACAGCAAAAAAAAAGGUGAAAUUACAGCAUCGCUCCGUUUUCGAGAAGAUAGAACACAGAACACAUUUUCAGCGAUAACGAUCGUUGCGCUCGUAAAGCGAGAUAAAAGAUUAACUCUUGUGAAUAGAAAAAGUGAAAAGGAACCAGUUAUAUCAAGCGAAAAAAAGAACAUUUUGAUUCUGCGUAACUGUCGAUCGUUCAUUCGUUCCGAGGUUCAAGUGAUUAAAAUUUGAACGAAAUUCAGUUUGCUGUGAUGAAUGGUUUGUUUCAAUGGAUGUAUAUUUUUGCGUUGAUUUUUGUCGGUGACGCUGCUAUCGAACCGCCACCAUGGAGCGAUCCGAGCCGAAAUCCAUGCGCCAACAAACCGGGAGGAUGGCAACUUCUCUAUUGGGCACCACUCAAACAAUGCUUCAAAAUUUAUACCCUCGGUUACCCAUGUCCAGACACAAUGGAACUAACACCAGGCACUGGAAGCGGCUCACGCUCUUCACAUGGUGCAAUUGCCGAGUGUCGCUGUCCACCCAGCACAGCGCAACAUCACGAAUCAACCACUUGCUACAAACUGUAUGAGCAAGGCCCUUGUGAUAUUGGUCAAUAUCUUGCUCCAAUCAAUGAGCCGUCCAAUGCAGCGAUCAUACCAAAGAAGCGAAAGGGUUUUUGCAAAACACCACCGGAAUGCCGCAAUGGAAUGGUUCACUGGCCACAAGAUUCCAAAUGUUACACAUUACACACGAGAGGACCGUGUCCGAAAGGGAAACUCUUUGUUAUGGGAAAAAAUCGACUUGCCGAAUGCAAGUGCGAGAAUGAGAACGAACUGGCGCAAUAUUACUAUAAACCGCUUGGAACGUGUUACGAACAUUUUACCGUUGGUCCGUGCGAAGAACCAGGCAAAGUCUUUUUACCGGGAGGAAAGUGUGGUUGUCACGUGAAGCUGCCAAAUUAUCAUGAAGAUACCGAUCAAUGCUAUGAACUAGGUACAACUGGUCCUUGUCCGGCCGGCCACUUGUUUUCCAUUCCGGAAAAUAGUAUUCAGAAUCAGUAUGCGAUGUGCCAGUGCAAAGAGGGUUACGCCAGUUGGUCAGAUGGCCAGUGUUACCGAUUGUACACGCGUGGGCCGUGUGCAAAUGGGGAAUUCCUACUCAAUUCAACGACAUGUAUCCGAAAUCCAUGUAGAAAAGGGCAGCUCUACUUCCCCGACGAAAAGACUUGCUAUAAGAUUGGUAAUCAAGGUCCAUGUGACUUCAAUCAAGUGGUUGUAUUCGAUUUCACCGUUCGGCCAUCAAUUGAUGGUAUUUCCUAUAAUGGUGUUUGUGGUUGUACGGGCAUCAUCAAAUCACUUGAUCAAAAAUGCCAACCCGAAGAUAUUGUCGAGAAAAAUCCAUGCCAUUCGACACCUGGAAUGGUUGAAAUUAAUGGCGGAUGCUAUAAACUGUACACCAAAGGACCGUGUGCUGCCGAAGGUCUUUGGCUUGAACCCUUGAAAAUUCUUAAACGAAAUGAUAAACGUGGCGCUCAUUGCACAUGCCGACCGGGCUAUACAAAAUAUGAAAAUGCCGGAAUGACAGGUUGUUAUGCGCCCAGCGUUGGCAUCGCAAGGUACUUGAAUGGCAAAAAUUUCAGCAUUACAAUGCUUGGCGAGGAGUUUAUUAGCUCAUUUUUCAAUACUACUUCGCAUGCUGUUGUGUAACGAUUAGUUGACAUUUUGAACAUGUGUACUGUCCUGUAUAUUACGGCUCUAAUAGCCUGCGUGUGUUUUUUUUUUUUCAAAAAUCUUUUCCGAAUAAACUUUGGCGUUACCUUUCCAAAAAAAAAAAAAAAUUCUAGAUCUUGGACAGAACUGACAAUAAAUACCGAUUCUAGCUCGUAGAGCUUAAGAAGUUACCAUUUGUAGAAUUAAAAGCAACUCUCCUUUUGGAUUCAAUCCUAACUUGUCCAAUGAGGGAAAGUAAAUUUUAAUUUAAUUUAGAAUUUAACUGAAUUUAAUCAUUUUGACAAUUCUACAAAAUAUUCGGAAAGAAAGCGCUAAAGUAUGUAUACCUUUUGGUGGUGCCCCUGAAAAAUAUGACUAUAUCUUUGCAUUUUGUGUAUGUUUUGUAUCACUUGACCGUUUGUAAAUAACUUGAUAAUUUAGAGUCAGAGCGAUUUCAGGUCGCCGAUCCUUGUAUUUGAGUAUGAGUAAAAAUAAUUUUAACCCACGCUACUCGCACGUUUUGUAUGUAGACGAAAGAAAAAAAAAAUACUAGAAUAGACUGAUUAGUUGCGUACAAAUCGCGUUGGUGUGAGAAUGUUAAAAUUUCAAACUCUAAUUGAAAAUUUCAUGAUUUUCAAAUUGUGAAACCAUUUGUGUGUCUUUGUUUCGAUUGAAGUAACGUUUUUUUUGUUUCGUAUCUAAUCACAGUAGAAGCACGAAAUGAUGGUUGCUACCAAAGUAAUCAUUAAAUAACAGGUAAUAAUCUAUUACCUUUAGACUUGAAAAAUCUAGAUGUAAGUUUAUUUUUUUUUAAAUAGUCCGUUUUGACCGUAUUUAUCUAAUUUGCAUGCUGGUGUUUCCAUCUUUUGAAUUUGCUGUGUUUGUUUGAUUCUAUCCCAAAAGUACAUUCUUUACCGUUUUGUGUCUUAAAAACAACUCGUUUUUUUUUCUCUCUAAACAAUACUCAAUUCUUUUGUUUUUCCUCGCAUAAAAAAGAACAUUUUAAUUCAAAAAUUUCCUCAAACAACAAUUUGUAUCAUCUGUAGGUGGUUUCUAAAUUUUUUGGGAUAUCCAGCAGCUGACGACGGAUUAAAUUAGUGAUUCGAAUUCAUCGAUGUGGAAUAAUGUUUAUUACACUCACUUAAACAAUCAAUUGGAUAGAAAAAAAGUAUUGCAAAUAAAUAUUGCAAAUAGUCUGAAAACAUCAAAUAAUUAGUUAGAAUUGUAACUAAAUAACAGAGCGUGUUAUGAGCUGAUGUUAGCAGCACUAACUGACGUAUGCGUUGCGUUAUUGUAACGCAUCCACAGUACAAAAUUCAUAUUGCCCUCUAGAUUUGCCAAGUAAAAAGCUGAUCCUCAAAUUUGAGUUGGCAAAUCUAGAGGGCAAUAUGAAUUUUGUACUGUGGAUGCGUUACAAUAACGCAACGCAUACUCGUCAGCAGCUGAUGUCAGUUAGUGCUGCUGACAUCAGCUCAUAACACACUCUGCUAAAUAAGUCCAAAUCAGACAAACGAUCGAAUGGAAAACUUGUGUUCGGUUUAUGGACAUUUCCAAAAUAGAUUAAGAAGAAGAAGAAGAAGAAGAAGAAACGCUAAAUGUUGAGUGUUUUAAUGUGAUCGUGCCAUAAAUCGUUUUAACUAGAAUUGUAAAGAUGUGCGUUUUAUUCGGAAUUUUAUAUGAAUAAAAAUACUUGAAAACGGAUCAAAA